AUGUCGAACGCUCCAAAUCCGCGCGCGGCCUCCGAAGCGCCUAGGAGCUCGCGAAUCCCAGUUCCCGCUCGCUAUCCCUCCACACCAGGCCGAAAGAAAAUAGGGUCGACAACCCCUAGGAGGACGCCAGGAAACAGAGGCGGCGCCCCGUCGACACCAUAUGGGGUCCGCGCAAUGCAACGGCGCGCGGCAAAUACGCCAGGCCGUGACCGUCGAAAGAGCGGACGAGGCCCUCCACGCGAAACAGUUUUCGAUGUCCUCCGCAAUCUUGGCAAAGCUCUCGCCCCUGAGUCGCAGCCUAUACGUUCAUCACCACAGCCUCCGCCUGAACCAGAGCCGCAAUCUGAAGUCGACGAAAUAGACGAGCUUGAUAAUGAACCUGCACCUGAGAGACCGCGGCUGUCCCUGCCGUUGGAGGAAGUUGAAGAGGAGGAAGAGGAUGGAAGUCCUGAGAUACGACCGCCGCGGAUGUCGUUGGCACUGGGCGAUGAUGAUACUGGGAAUGAUGAUGUAACUCACGAUGAUAUGACGCACACUUCCGUUGAAUACCCUCGGAGAGCCACCCUUGACCGUGAUAGGAACCGGCUGUCCAUGAUGAGUGUUGGUGGACCUCGGCUAAGUGAAAACUUUGGCGAUGCUACUGGUCUGGAAAGCGGCUCAGAUGCUGGCGAAGAUACGGGCGUAAUACAAGACGGUGACCAAGAUGAGACUAUCAUCAGUCAGGGCGCGUUUGAAAGAGGCGGAGAAACGGAAGACCUCGGGCGGUUCAAUCUGGAUUUUAACUUUCCAUCGCCCGUUGCGCAGGCGGAUGAUUUAGAUGCAAACGAAGUCAUGAAUGAUGAUGAAGGGUUCGAAUUGCCGGCCAUCGACCUUGAACCGGGCCCCGAACCAGACCUUGACCCUGAUCUCGGUCCUGAUCUCGGUCCUGACCUCGGCCCUGAUCUUGGCCCUGGGUCGGAUGAUAGUGACGUUGGUGAUACCGCCGGCGGCUUCGGUCUGGAGAUGUAUCCCCCGGAAAGAGUCUCCAUGAGCGAAAGCCCAGGGCUUAUUGGGGGUGGGCUACGAGAGGAAGACACUAUUAUACAGGGUUCUAAACAGAAAAAACUCUCACGACAUGGUAUCCCAGUUCCCAACCUGCCAGCCGGUGUCGUCAAAAAGCUGGCUACGCGGUUUGCACGAGCACGAGCUGGGCCAAAGGCAAAGAUCAGCAAGAGUACCCUGGCAGCGAUCGAGCAAGCAUCUGCGUGGUAUUUUGAACAAGCUAGUGAAGAUCUGGCGGCAUAUUCCAAACACGCCGGGCGCAAAACCAUUGAUGAAGUAGACGUCACGGCGUUGAUGAGAAGGCAACGUCAUCUCAACAACUCUACCACGGUAUUCUCCCUGGCACAGAAGCAUCUACCCAAGGAGCUCUUGCAGGACAUGAGACUCGCAAUGCCCCCAAGAUGA